AUGUCGUUUCUCACACCACCGCCGACAAAACGGCCAAGUCAAGGCCCCGGCCCUGCAAAACCUCGCUUUGCCAGACCAAAUCCUGUCCGGGCCCUCCGCGAGCGUGAGGAACGCCGCCAUGCCGCCGCAGCAGCAGCCCGACUUUCAUCAUCCCAGAGACCAGGGGUCGUCACUCCAGCUCACCAGCAGUGCGCCAACAAGGCCUGUCCGAAGCCCAACGUUAUCGACGGCACCUGUCAGACGUGCGGUCGUGUCGCUGAUGACAGCAACAUUGUGUCUGAGGUGCAGUUCGGCGAGACGUCGUCUGGUGCUGCCAUGGUGCAGGGAACGUUUGUAGGCGCUGAUCAGGCCGGUGUCAGGGGCAUGGGCCCUGCUUUCAGGAGAGUUGGUGGAAGCGAGGACAGAGAAAAGAGCAUCCGGGAAGCUCGAGGUCUGAUGCAGGGUUACGCUCAACAGCUCAACAUUAGCGACAGCCUCGUUACUGCGGGAACGCAAGUCUUCAAGCUUGCAUCUGGCGCCAACUUUAUCCAGGGACGCACGCUGGCGAGUGUUGCGGCCGUCUGCCUUUAUGCUGCUUGCCGUGCUGAGCCGCCUUGUAAAGUCAUGCUGAUCGAUCUGGCUGAUUUGGUGCAGCUCAAUGUGUUCAAGCUGGGACGAAUCUUCAAAAAGCUGAAUGAAGUGGUGCCGAUCGGAGCUGAUGGACUCAUUCCGGUAUAUCCUGAGGACCUCAUCUGGCGAUUCGCCACCAAGAUGGAGUUUCGUCAAGACACGGCCAAAGUCGCUGAGGAUGCGGUCCGGCUGGUCAAGCGGAUGAGCAGAGAUUGGAUGGUCAUGGGCCGACGACCUUCGGGCAUUUGCGGUGCCUGUUUGCUGAUGGCUGCACGUAUGCACAACUUCCGACGGACCGUUCGCGAAGUCGUCUACAUCGUCAAAGUCACAAAUCAUACCAUCCAGAACCGACUGCAAGAGUUCAACAACACAGAAUCAAGUCGCAUGUCGGUGGAGGAUUUCUUGAAACAGGACUUUUUGGAGAGUUCUCAUGAUCCUCCCUCAUUCUACCGGAAGUCGGAUGAAUAUAGAAAGAGGGCGGAAGAGAUCUCACGGAAGCGGAAACGUGCCAUCACUGUCGAAGAUACCGAGCAACCAGUCAUAGAGCAUGCACCAGUUCGACGACAUAUCGAAGGGGGGGCGGAUCUUUCCAAGGCGCCCGAAGUCAACUAUCGCCGUGAUGCUGAUGGAUUCAUCAUUCCUCCUUUACCUUCGCAGAUUCCCCAGGGAAGCAUUAGUCUCAACCCACAAAAGAAGGAGAACGAAGACGAAGUAGAAGGUCUUGAAGGCCUUGCCGAAGAAUUUGGAGAUGCUCUGGAUGAGGAGGAGGCGGCGGAUCAAGAUGCCUCAAAAGGGGGCAAAGGUAAACGCGCCAAGCCUCAGCUUCCCAUUAACGAAGAAUGGGAACAGGACGAACAGGACCUUGAAGGUGUGAUUGAGGAGAUUUUUAACGACCCGCUUACCUACGAACAUGCUCUCGCAUACUCAAAUGCCGAGCAACGAGCCCGAAUCCACUCCGUCUGGGCUCGCCAACAGCAACCACAAAAGGAGGUGUCUAUGGCGGCUGACGUUACCGAAGAUGAAUUCGCUGAUGACCCCGAAGUUAUCAACUGCCUAUUAUCGCCUGAAGAGGCACGUAUCAAAGAGAUUAUCUGGGUGAACCAGAACAAGGACUGGCUGAGGAAGCACCAAGAAAAGGUCUUCCGACGAAAGAUGGAAGCUGAGCGCCCCAAGCAGACACGCAAGAGGAGAAAGCGUGCCAGGAUGGGAGAGGGCCAGACUAGCCCUGCCAGUUCCGCGGCAGAAGCAGCCAUCGGCGUGGCCAAGGAUCGAGCUUGGUCCAAGAGGAUCAACUACGAUGCUAUCCGCAGCAUUUUCGACAUGCCAAAUGCUGGGCUUGGGUCUACAGCCACCAGCCGAAAGACCAGUGUGGCGGGUAGUGCUUUCGGUGCUGAUGACGAGGGAAGCGAGGCUCCAGAUGAGAGCGUCGCUGGCGAUGAGGAGCAUCAUGAAGAGCACGAGGAGCAUGAGCAUGAAGAAGAAUAUGAGGAGCCGGAGGAGUUUGGCGAGGGUGAGGAAUUUGGAGGAGGUGGAGGUGAAUUUGAAGGUGGAUAUGAUGAAGAUGAUCCUGAUAUGGACAAUGAAUACGGACUGGAGGAGGAUUAA